AUUAUUUUAUGAUGCAGUUUCCUAAAUCAAAUUUCAAUUAUUCAAUUGAUGUUUUUGAUAAAAAAAUUAAAAAGAAAAUUGAAUAAUUACGAAGAAAUUAGAACCUACGGUUUAGGAUGAUUUUCCUAAAUUUUAAUUUCAAACUACAUACUUGGAUAUGCAGACUUGAAAUUGAGCUCGUUUAUUGACAUUUAUACUUGAUAGAAAUGAUAAUAAUGGAUGGAUAUGUGUAUUUAAAGUCAUUUUCGAUGAUUUCUUUUUAUAACCCUGUAGCGGCCAUCUUGAAGCGCAGCAAAUCAAUUCAAUAAUUUGAAAAAAUCAAUUGGAUAAUUAAAAUUUCUAUCUAGCGCACUAUAUCAUGAAAUAAUCUUUAAUUCGGAACUAAAAUUUGUAAAAAAAAAUAUUAAGUCGCAGAGAAAUUAGAAACUAACGAUAAUAUUAAUAUUUGAAAAAAAUAUAGAACAAACAUUUAGUGACAUCUUAUAAUUUACUACAUAAUCGUAUGUUGAUAAAAACGAAAACAUUCAAAAUACACGCAUGCCGGUUUUCUUCAUAAAAAUAACGUGAGAGGUUAAUAAUUACUUGUAUUAUAUAAAUAUUAAUAAAUGUUUAAUAAUCAAUAAAAAUUAAAUAAGAAAUAUCAAAUGUUAUCUGUGCGGUUAUGUACUCGGCUUGCUAAAGCUUUUCCAACGCGAUCUGUAACAUGUCAAGCUCAAUUUAUACAAAGAUUUGUACAUAACGUGAAAAGAAGAGGUUAUCCAAGAUUUAUUGUUCAUAUACAAAGACAACAAAUUCAUUAUAAAAAUGAUGUAAAUAACAAUAAUACAUUUAAUUCAAACAAUAAUUAUUAUUAUAAUAGACGUCAAAAUAUCCGCCGAGUAAAUGAAUUGUUAUCUUACAUAGAGUUUUUGAAAAUUAAUUUAAAAAAUUCUAUAGUUGAUCAUGCAAUUUUGCUUGAAGCAUUAAAAAUUUUUGCUGCAUUAAAUGUAAAAGUUGAUGAUUCAAUCAAUAUUUUUUUACUCAGUUGUUGUGGAGAAAUUUUGCCCAAUGUUAAACCAGAAGUAAGACAGAAACUUCUCUAUGACGUGUGGAAUUCAUUAAAAGAAAAACAUUACACCUUUUCUUUUGAUUAUUAUCACACAUUUUUGAAUGUUUGUGCUCAAAAUUGUGAAGAUAUAAAACCUCAAGAAUUUAUUGAGAACAUGACUCUACAACCCAAUAAAGAUACUUAUAUUCAGUUAUUAAAUGUAUCUGCUAGUAGUGGUAAUUUAAAUAGUACUGUUUUUAUCCUAAAGAAGUUAAAAGAACUUGAGUAUUCAUUAAAUUUAGAUGUAAUAAAUCUAUUGAUAAAAUUUUAUUCAAAAAUCAAUGACAUGGCCUCUGCAAGAUUUGCUUUAAACAGUGUUAUUGAUUCACACACUGAAGUACCAAAUGAACUUUUUGGAAGUUUAGCAUGCGGUUAUGCACAACAAGGUGAUGUUGAUCAUGUAAUUGAAUUAUUAGAGCAACAUUCAAUAUCCACAAAACAAUUAUUACAAAUUAUGAAGAACUUAAGUUUGGCUAAUAAAGGUGAAACUAUUGAAAAUAUUUUUAAAUAUAUUCCAGUGAAAGAAAUGCUUACAGAUCCAUUGCUUAUAAAUUUUAUAAUCGAACUCACUUAUCUUCAUAAAAUCGAUGAUUGUCUUUUAAUACUGAACUUUUUUUCUACGAAAGGUUUUACUCAUGAUAUUCUUCAUGCAUCAAAAUAUUUUUUAAAAACUUUGGCAAGUAGUGAAACUUAUGUACCCACAAUUUUAAGUAUUAGCAACAAGUUUUCUGAGAACUUUGGAUUCACUACGGUGGCUCUAUCAUUAUUACAAGGAGCUCUGAUUUCAAAUAAAACAGAUCUAUCAUUUAUACUAUUAGAAAAAAUGGCAAAAAAUAAUGUAGAAAUCAGACCACAUUAUUACUGGCCAUUGCUAAUACAAAUUUUUAAACAAAAGGGUGAACCAGGUAUUUAUGAAGUUAUUGAUCAUUCAGUACAAAUGGAGGUCAAAUUAGAUUGGACUACAUUAUCUGAUUAUAUAAUCCCUUAUAUAAGUAUUUGGGAUCCAAUGGAAACAUUGAGAAAAUUGACAAACCACGGAGUACAUGAAUAUAUUGUAGUUACUCCGUUAAUUAAAUAUUAUUUAGAGCAUGAGCAAAUACCUAAUGCUUCGAUAUUAUGUCAAAAAAUGUAUAGAAUGACUGAUUUCAAUGAAAUAUUGCCCUCACUUGUUCAAGCAUAUAGAAUCAACAAGAAAGCUAUUGAUGUGAUUGUACAAAUUUUAUUAUUACCUGAUAAAACUAAAGAUUAUCCUGGAAAAUUUCUCUUCCAAGCAGUAAGUCAAAGACUGUUUCAUAAAAAUAUUGAAGAGUUUGAAAAGUUGUUAAACAUUUAUAAGGCAAACAAUAUUUCUAUAUCUAGUUUUUCAGCAAAUGCAAUUGAAAAUUAUGCAUUUAGUGCAGAUGUUGAAAAAAUCAAAAUAUUAUUUAAAGCUGCCAACAUAAUAAAUAAUGAAGACAAAUCACCAGUUUCUAACGCUGAACGAAUAUCGGGUAUGGUCCAUCCUCAGCACAUGAAUCAGGAACAACUAGACUGUCAUUUAACAGAAUUGAAAUCUAAAGGUCUCAAUUUUCGAGGAGCACUGAGAAAAUUUUUUUUAACAUGUGCUAAAAAUGGUGAUCUUAAGAAACUGGAAGAAAUUAAAAUGGAAAUGGAAAAGUAUGGAAUGCAAUUGACACCAGGCAUGAAAUCAUGUUUGUUAGAAUUGUAUGCUCGAAAUGAGAAAGCAAUUGAAGCCUACUAUCUUAUUUUGGACUUAAAAAAAGAUCAUCCAGAUUGGACACUAGAUUCUUCUAAGAUCUUGAUUACAGCAACUUCAUUACUUAAUCACAAAGAAGUAGAAAAAGCUCUAAAAUUAAUAAAAGAAACUGAGGUAGUUUCUUUUCCAAUGCAACGGCAGUGUUGGAAAUUGUUAGAUGUAGCUACGCAGUUGAAGAAACCACAAUUAGUUGAAUUACUAUUAAAUAAUUUGGUCAAGAAAGGAUUCUGUUCAAUUGACAAUACCGUAUUAGGACCUCUUGUACGAGUACAUUUGUUAAGAAAUGAUUUAACAUCGGCUGUUGAAACUUUUAAAAUUGUGAGUAAACGAUUUAAUAAAACUCCUUUACGUCAAGAAUUGAUUAAUGUACUUGUAAAAACAAUGAAAAAUGAUCCAGCUCAAGAAUCGACAGAAGAUUUUUAUGCUAUGCUCGAUGACGUUCUCGAGAUAGUUGCAAAGAUUCAUAGUCGAGAGCAAGUUGAUCACGAUCUGAUGAUAGCAUAUGCACGAUUUGAUAUGUUAAAUCAAUUAAAAUUAAUUUUACAGAAGCUACAAGGAAAACACAUCCAUUUUAAAAGAAUUGUAGGUGGAAUGGAAGAAAAAGUAAAACAAAAAGUAUUAUUAACACUUCUUGACGCUGCUCGUGACAUACAUGGAAUAAAUCGCCCAUUAAUUUGUGACUUAUUGUUCGCUUCUUAUAGUAAUACAACAAGUAUUCAUGAUGCAUUGGAACUAUGGCAAAAAAUGAAAGAUGAAGGCAUAACUAUAUCAAAUAACAUAGAAACAAAAUAUUCAAAAAUUUUGGACUCAUAUCAAAAAAUAAUAUCGCAUACCACUGAAAAUAAAUAAGAGAAAAA